GCUGCGGCCGCCGCCGGCUUAUAAAGCGGGCGGGCCGGGCCUGGCGGGUGGUGCAGCCGGGACGGUAAGUGCGGGUCGGCGUCCCGUCGGGGCUUCUCUCUCUCUUUUCUUCUUUUUCUUCUUUUUCUUCUUCUUUUUUUUCCCCUUCUUCCCUUCAUUGUCACUUCUUACACGCAGCAUAUAGGAAUGGAAAAGGGUUGUGCUGUUUUCUUUUGUAAACUAAUGACAUUUCGAACGGAUGCUGCCUUUGUAAUGUCGUGUGAGGCACGCAUGCAUCUGCCCACCCGAGAAAUGCCGCAUGCAGCAUUAGUGCCUCGGAACUAAUACCGAGAUGGGACACCACGCCACGGGCUCUGGGUCCCUCUGCCCACCCUGCGUCCGUGUGUGCCGGCACAUUGCUCAGGGGAAUGUUUCAUUGUCUUAAAACCCUAACCUCUUGCUUGCCAUAUCUGAACCCAGGUGACACAGGAACUAAUUUGCUUUAGUUUUCGGCAGCGGCAUUUUGGAUCGUGAGCUGCUGGGGACCAUGGGAGCUGGGGUACCAAAGCGCGGCGGCUGGGAUGUGAGCACAAACACAUGCACAUCCCCACAGGUACCCUGGUUUUCUGGGCAUCAGAUUGUCCCGGGCCGUUGCUCUAUGCACUCAAUAGAAAGCCAGCAGCGCAGAACCAAAGUUGGAGUGGACAAAACUUCUGAUUUCCACAGGUGAAUUGUUGCUUAUUUUCCUCAGGCCCAGGAUUUCAUCCCCUGCAGAUGUGAAGCUCCUGCAACAUACGCUCCAGUUUCCGAGGGACGCAUGAGGAGAUGAGGUGUUCAGGUGUCUUUGCUGCUGGCCCAGGACAGCACAGAGCUCUCCAAGGCGGGGAAGCCGGGAGCUGCCCAGGAAGUUGGGAAGCUUUGCUUGGAUAAGAGCGACUGCCUCAGGCCCCUCCCCACCGGGGAAGCCCUCCAUGGACUGUAGGCAUUUACCUGAAGCCCGCAAGGAGACCCUGAGCCUGGAGCCUGAGUCCCCGCCACCUCCAGCCGCCGGCAGCAGCCCCUGCCUACCAUCGGCAGUCGGGCAGCGGGCCGGGACGGGCCCAGGGCGACCCGCGGCCGCCAAUGCCGCACGGGAGCGCAGCCGGGUGCAGACCCUGCGCCAUGCCUUCCUGGAGCUGCAGAAGACGUUGCCUUCCGUGCCUCCCGACACCAAGCUCUCCAAGCUGGACGUGCUCCUCCUGGCCACCACCUACAUCGCGCACCUCACGCGCAGCCUCCAGGACGAGGAGGAGGCUCCAGGAGAGGCCCUGGGAGUCCUCCGAGGAGAUGGGUACCUCCACCCUGUCAAGAAAUGGCCGAUGCGAUCCAGGUUAUACAUUGGAGCUACAGGACAGUUUUUGAAUCACUCAGCACAAGGAGAAAGCGCAAACCAAGGAGAAACAUCAACGAAUUCACAACACUAGUCUCCCUUCUCAUUAAAAAAAGUUAUU